AUGAAAGUUAAAGAGGUCCACUCUAUACCAUGGUCCUUUGCAGCUGUCUAUGGGAGCCCAAGCCUUACCCUUAGAAGGAAGUUAUUCACUGACCUAACAAGACAAAGUAUGGGCAUCCACGAACCUUGGCUAGUUGCAGGCGACUUCAACUCUGUCACAAGCCCGGAUGAAGUCAGCAACCCGGACAACUGGCAUAGCUCUCGUUGUGCAGAUUUUACAGACUGGAUUUUUCAGGAAGGACUUAUAGACUUGGGAUUUUUGGGCACCAAGUUUACAUGGAUGAGGGGCACAAACCAAGCUUCCUUUAGAGGAGCACGACUGGAUCGCGGCCUUUGCAACGCAGACUGGAAGAUCAUGUUUCCAGAUUCAUUGAUCGAACACCUUCCCAUACAUAAUUCGGACCAUGCUCCCCUUUUAAUCAGAACAUCGCCGCCAGCCAAUACUCCGAGUCCGAGGCCGUUCAGGUUUAACAUGGCAUGGUCGGCUCACCAUCUUUUUCAUUCAUUCAUCCAUCAGACUUGGAACAAGGACAUCGACCUCGAACUUAACAAAUCUCUGAUGGCCCAAGCUCUUACUGUUUGGAACAAGGAGACUUUUGGAAACAUCUCUCACAGGAAAAGAAGACUAACAGCACGGCUUGGCGGCAUCCAACGAAGACUGGCCGAGCAAUGUAGCCCAAAUUUGAUCAAACUGGAUCGCAAACUUCGAAAUGAAUUGGAGGAUGUACUUUAUCAGGAGGAACUCCUCUGGUUUCAAAGAUCUAGAGAACAAUGGAUUGUAUCUGGUGACUGCAACACACAUUUCUACCAUGUGGCCACCUCAGUAAAGAAUAACUCCUCCAAAAUUUCAAAACUAAGGGAGGACUCAGGUAAUUGGAUCACAGACGAAACAGUAAUACGUGACCAUAUUCGUUGUUUUUUUGCAGAUCUUUUCAGGGCAGACCAAGCUCAUUCUGUCACCUUACCUCGCGGACGCUUCCCUCCUAUACAUGAUGAUGAAUGGAGCGAAGUAAAUAAACCAUUUUCUCCCGAGGAGAUUAAACAAGCACUCUUCGAUAUGAGCCCGUGCAAAGCCCCUGGCCCCGAUGGGUUUAGCGCAGGAUUCUACCAACAGACAUGGCAGAUUGUGGGAGACUUAAUUGUCACAUUCGCUAGCAAGUUCUUCGAAAAUGGCUCCCUCCCCGAAGGAAGCAAUGAUACAAUAAUCACUCUAAUCCCCAAAACAGAAAAUCCAGAGACGGUUAGACAGCUCCGCCCAAUUGGCCUAUGCAAUGUGACAUACAAGAUACUCACGAAAGCCAUGACCUCAAGACUGAAGAACAUUUCACAGAAGAUAGUAGGCAUGUACCAAACCAGUUUUGUACCCGGAAGGCAGAUAACUGACAACAUCCUAUUAUACCAAGAAGUCCUGAAUUCAUUUAGGACAAAGAAAGGGGCUGUUGGUUGGAUGGUCUGGAAAAUCGACUUGGAGAAAGCCUAUGAUUGCCUAUCUUGGGACUUCAUCCAAGAUACAUUAGAGGAUAUCGGUUUUAACCAAAGUUGGAGAAGAAAUAUUCUUGCAUGCAUCCGCUCACCUAGGAUCGCAAUAGCAUGGAACGGUGAACGCUCAGAUUGGUUCACCCCCGGACGAGGCAUUCGACAGGGAGACCCUAUAUCACCAUUACUCUUUGUUUUUUGUAUGGAGAGAUUAAGUCAUCUAAUAGAGCAUGCAACUUCUGCAGGACAAUGGAAAGGGAUAAAGCUGUCAAGACAAGGCCCACUCAUCUCCCAUCUUUUGUUCGCAGACGACAUGGUUUUAUUCGGGGAAGCCUCGAGCAACCAAGCCGAGAUUAUGAUGCAAUGCCUUGAUUCAUUCGGCAAUUCUUCAGGAGAACGAGUUAAUCUUCUAAAAUCAUCCAUUUACUUCUCAAAUAACACCCAGGCUGAUGUCCAACAGGCAGUACUAGAUCGGACAGGCAUCCCAAGAGUGAACGACCUCGGUAGAUAUUUGGGAGUUCCCUCCAUUCACGGCAGAUUAAAGGUUGAUACAUUUGCUGGCAUCAUUGAUAAAAUUCGUAACAGACUAGCUGGUUGGAGAUCAAAGUCCCUCUCGCUGGCAGGAAGGCUUGUACUCGCUCAAUCAGUCCUAUCGACAAUCCCCUAUUAUACUAUGCAGACCACCCUCAUCCCAAAAGGAGUAAUCGCAUCCAUUGAGCGCAUGAUCCGAAACUUUUUGUGGGGUGCGAAGGAAGGGGAGAGGAAAUGCAACCUCGUUAAUUGGAACACGGUAACACAAUGUAAGGACAGUGGUGGCCUUGGUAUUCGCAGAUUAGAAGAAAUGAAUAUUUCCUUCUUUGCAAAGCUAGGAUGGAGGUUAAUGUCAGGUGAUGAUUCUCUUUGGGCUAAAGUGUUCAAAAGCAAAUAUGCCAUCUCCAACCCAAACCCAUUAACUUGGCGUCCCAAACAGAAUAUGUCCAAUGCCUGGAAAGGAAUCUUAAGAAGUGCCCCGGUAAUUCAUGCUGGUUCUAUACACCAAGUUCAUAACGGUAGAAAUACUCUCUUUUGGCUUGAUAUUUGGAUAGGAGAUCGACCUCUUAGGGAAUUGGCCACAUACCAGAUUUCGGAAUUAGCUAGCCAGCUUACUGUAGCCGACUAUUGGUCAGAACCUGAUGGCUGGAAGUGGGAUAUUUUGGAAAACUGUCUACAAUCCGCCACGCUCGAUGCUAUUGCGGCUACAAUCGUCUGCCCAGAAGGUAACUUGCAAGACCAAGUUGUUUGGAGGGAGGAAAUCUCAGGUUCGUUUUCUGUGUCAUCAGCUUACGAGUUAUUAUCCAAAAACCAGAAUACAACAAAGGAAUUGGCUUGGGAUAACAUAUGGAAGCUAAAAAUUCCAACUCGUAUCAAGACCUUUCUAUGGCUUGUUAGGCACAACAAGGUAAUGACAAACACCAACAGAUUGAAAAGGGGCUUCACUACAAAUGACAAUUGUUGGUUUUGCACCAAUAAAGCUGAAGACAUAGAGCACGUUCUAAGAACCUGUCCUAAAGCUCGUGAUAUAUGGCCGCAUAUCCUUCCCGAAUUCGCACCAUCACAGAACACCCUCCCCUUUAAGGAGUGGUUCGAUCAAGGCCUUCUGAACAUAUAUGAUGGUAGACUCCCUUCCAGCUCUGCCAACCUUUUUGCUAUCUCGGUUUGGUGGAUCUGGAAAUGGAGGAACGAUGCAAUUUUCAACAAUCACGAACUUCCCCUCAACUUGAAAAUCAGUUGGAUCAGGAACCAACACAGAGAGAUUGAUUCAGCCUUUGCCAGAGCCUCUCAUCCUAGUGAUUCUCUGAACACUCCAGCUUGGAAACGUGUGACCUGGACCAUACCUCAUGGAGACUACACAAAGAUUAAUAUUGAUGGUAGUGUAUGCCCUCAAACUCAUGCGGUCGGAUGUGCAGGCAUUGCAAGGGACAACUCUGGAAAUUGGAUCGGAGGCUUCACCAGCAAUAUUGGUUCAUGCUCACCUCUAAUGGCUGAGGCAUGGGCUGCCCUGAGAGGAAUCCAGCUUGCCAAAUCCCUAAACCUCCAACACAUCAUUCUAGAGAGCGAUUCCAAAACCAUAGUCGAAGGCAUUACCGAAGACACAAUGGUGAACUCCUCGGUACACAACCUUUUGGUAGCAUGCAGACGUGAAUUACAAGGCAUUAGAGAUUGGAGGAUUGCUUGGAUAGCUCGGGAACAAAAUGGCGCAGCAGAUGCUCUAGCCAGGAUUGCAACUGCCCGUCCUCGCGGUGUCUACCUGAUUCCUCUCCCCCCGGCUGAGAUCGUUUCAUUCUUAGAAGUAGAUUAUGCCUCUUUUCCUCUUUGGCGCUUUUCUGUUUCUUAA